AUGGGCAGCGUGAGUGGGCCCGGUGGGGCCGCCGUGCGUGCGGUGCUGUCGGUGGCCGCCGGGCUGCUGGCGUGCGGCGUGGCCAGCGAGUACGACUAUGUCAGCUACCAGUCAGACCUGGGCCCUUACCCUGGCGGGCGCUUCUACGCCAAACCCCACCAGUGCGUGGCCAUCCCCGCCGACCUGCGGCUGUGCCACAGCGUGGGCUACGACAAGAUGGUGCUGCCCAACCUGCUGGACCACGAGACCAUGGCCGAGGUGAAGCACCAGGCGAGCAGCUGGGUGCCGCUGCUCAACAAGAAUUGCCAUAUGGGCACCCAGGUCUUCCUCUGCUCCCUGUUUGCCCCCGUCUGCCUGGACCGGCCGGUCUACCCGUGCCGCUGGCUCUGCGAGGCCGUGCGUGACUCCUGCGAGCCUGUCAUGCAGUUCUUUGGCUUCUUCUGGCCAGAGAUGCUCAAGUGUGACCAGUUCCCCCAGGAUGACGUCUGCAUUGCUAUGACAGCUCCCAAUGCCACCGAGGUCUCCAGGCCCAAAGGAACAACCGUGUGUCCCCCUUGUGACAAUGAGAUGAAGUCAGAGGCCAUCGUGGAGCACCUGUGUGCCAGCGAGUUUGCUCUGAAGAUGACCAUAAAGGAAGUGAAGAAGGAGAACGGGGACAAGAUGAUCAUUCCACGCAAGAGGAAGGCGCUGAAGCUGGGGCCCAUCCGCAAGAAGAACCUGAAGAAGCUGGUGCUGUUCCUGAAGAACGGGGCAGACUGUCCCUGCCACCAGCUGGACAACCUCAGCCACUACUUCCUCAUCAUGGGCCGCCAGGUGAAGACCCAGUACCUGCUGACAGCCAUCUACAAGUGGGACAAGAAGAACAAAGAGUUCAAGAAGUUCAUGAAGAAGAUGAAGUCGCCCGACUGCCCCACGUUCCCGUCCGUGUUCAAGUGAUGCCCUGGCUGCUGGGAGGGAGGGAGAGCCCCUCCCUGGACCUGCCCAGGUGGGCACAGCGGCUCCACCUCGCUGCUCUGCUGCAGGGAUGCUGGAGCCCAGCCCUCCUGCUCCUCCAUCCUGCUCCUCACAGCUCCCUCAGCCCUCCCAAGCCUUGGCCUGGUGGCCUGGGCACGUGCUGCGAGCAGUGGCUGAGCUCACACACCAUUUCUGACUGCAUUGGUAAAGACCUGUUAUUGCACAGAUAUUGAAAUAGCAGCUGUCAGGUGAAGAGGGCAAGCAGAGGGCUGGGAGGUGAUGUUAAGAGCUUGCAUGCUUGCAGAAAGGACCCUCGUGGACCACAUCACUCCCAUCUUCAUGGCUGCAGGAUUGCCCUGAAUUCCUGUAGGAACCAGAGCUGGCUGAUUAGACAGAGAUCCUAUCUUCAUGAUCAAAGUUAAUAAAUGAGUAGUGGAGAACCCAUUACAACCUCUGAUAAGAAUUCCUAAUAGCUAAUUGCCCUCACUGUAAAAACAUCCCCAUUAUAGUCUUAACCUGUUUAGUUUAAGCCUUACCCCUGGUUCCUUGUGGUGCCUUGUUGGGCUGGAGCCCUCCCUCACCAGCAUCCCUUGUGAUGUCCCCCUGGGUGCCUGCCUUGGCAUCUGCUGUGCCAGCCGAGCCCCUGGCAGCCUUUGAGCCUCCUCACUGUGCCGUGUGUGGGUGCACUGGCAUGGGGAGCAGGCCCAGAGGCGACUCUGUGCCUCCACCUGUGCCUUUGGCCUCGAGCAGGCCCCUGUCUCAGCAGUGUCCAGCUGAGAUCCCCUAGCUGGGCUGGGAGAGAUCUCCUUCCUGGCCUGAGAUCUCCUGGCUGGGCUGGGACCCCCUCCUGGCUGUGGCAUUUCCCCUGCACAGCUGAGUUCCCUGGAGCUGCUGCUGCCCACACCUGUCACUCCAAGCCCAAGCAAAGGUUCAGUUUCUGCCCUUCCCGAGGCUUUGGCUGGGGGGAGCUCAUGGCUCCUCCAGCUUGUGACACUCCUCACUUCAGCAGUGAUGUUUUUAUAGCUCCUUUAGGCUGCUGGCAGAGUUCCAGAGAGCACAAGGCCAAGGACUUUUCCCUGUGGAGCCCCACAGGGAAUGUGUCAUCUCCAUGUUCCCCCUUUGCUGUGGGACCCCAGUCUGGGGUUUUGUCUCUUUGAUCUGUGACAACUUGGCUCUCUAUCAUUAUGCCCUAAUUAAAAUGUCAUGUUUGUAUGAUUUCAAACAGUUUAUGAAAGACAAAGAAUAUCUUACCCAAAUGAUUACAUUUAUCGACCAAGCUGAAAUUCAUUAUUCUGUUAAUUGGACUGGUUCUCUUUUUCAUAGACCCAUACCACUCUGUAUUCAUUAUCCUUCCUCCUUCCAUUUAGUAUUCUCAUCCAUCACCAAUACUCUGGGAGAAUGAAUAUCUGAUGUCUGAGAUAAUCCUGUUGUAUCACAGUAAAGUGAAAUAACAAAUCUUCAUUGUUGAGGUUUGAACCAAACCCCCUCAAAACUGGUAAAUUAAUUAUUCCUUACCCUGGGAUUGGUGCUUAUUUCCCACAUGGGGACAGAGCCAUGGACUUGGUUGUAGAAGAAUUCCAUUAACAAGCCAAGUACUCUGAGGAAUGAUGUUUCCCAGCUAACAGAGAUGGAUUUAGGAUGUGAACUUUGUAGAGUCCCCUUAGGUUGUCUUAGACCACCAUUUGUAGUAGUGUUGUUUCUUUAUUGCAAAAUUAAUCAUUGUAGAUAAUGUGCUUUAUUAGUGAAGUAAAGAAAUAAAUAAACCAUGGCCUUUAACAUCGCA